AUGUCAUCCAACUCCACGGACGAUAAUGUGUGUGCACCGGACGACAACCUCUGUAUUGUAGUUCAGCACAUGCAGGGGGUGAUCAUCGUCCCUACGCUGCUCCUCCUGGGAACCCUGGUCACCUUGCUCGCCCUGUGCAUCCUGAUGUAUUGUCCUAGACGGAAGCGGUCACGGGUCACUGCCCCUCAACGCUACCACAGCUCAUCACACAAACAACGGCACAGCCAAAGACGUGACCUACAGGGCAUUGAUGCACCCCCAGGGAUAAACCCGCUGGAACACGAGGAGCUGCCAAUGUCAGUUCAACAAGUGCAGCAGACUAGAGUCGUGCCAACUGUGGCCGCAGUGCAUCAGGUGUCCACAGAGAGGCAGCAUGGAGCCUUCAGCCAGGUCACUGCCCUGCCAGUGUCCUUCUCCAUUAAGCCUGAUGACACAGUCAGCCUCUACAGAGGCCGCAUGGACGACAGGGACGUCAUCCUGAGGGUUCUGAAAGAAAGCACAGACGGCAGUGAGAAGCAGCACUUUUUGGGUUUUGCUUCCUUCGUGUCAGGCCUGAGGUCCCACCCCUUCCUACCUCAGCUGCUGGGUGUGGUUUCAGUGCAGUCGCCCCUCACGAUGGUUGUGGAGGAGCUGCAGCACAAAGACCUGUUGGGGUACCUGUGGAGAUGUCGAGAGGAUAACUCGGGUUUAGAGUCGUCAUUUGCCAUGACAGAGAAGAGGAUCCUCACCAUGGCAGGACAAGUGGCCUCUGCUCUGGAGUACCUGCACAGUCAGGGCUGCAUCCAUGGCAACGUGGGAGCUCGAAGUGUUCUGGUUGGUGGAGAUCUGACGGCAAAGUUGUGGGGAUUGGGCCCGGCCUACCGCAGGAGAACACAGGCCGCUUCACCGGGGGAGGUAGAGGACAAGGAGAUGAGGAAGUGGCAGGCGCCUGAAGUGUUGGGCAGAAGAAGCACCAUUGAGAGCAGUGACGUAUGGUCUUUUGGUAUCCUGCUCUAUGAAAUGGUCACAUUGGGUGACCCCCCGUUUGCCGAGAUCAAUUCGACUGAACUUCUGCAGCAUCUGCAAAGAGGAAAGCAUCUCAAACGGCCCAUCAGAUGCUCCAACUCACUGUACUCAGUCAUCAGGGCCUGCUGCCAUUGGCACAGUGAACAACGCCUCUCAGUGUCGGAGCUCAUCAGAACGCUUCACGAGGCAGAGAAAUCAGCCAAUGGGAGUAAAGUUCUCCAAGCGUCUGGACCACUGGACAUCGGGAAAUACCUGCAUGAGGCGGGAUAUGGGGAGGCGUACAACUACGCUGUGCUCUGA